AUGGGGUUCCAUGACGAGGGCUGCAAGUUUAUAUUUAUUAAUCAAUGUAUGAACCAUGUUUGCCCACCACCAGUAAUACCUGACCAGCCGCAACCCCCAGUCUGCGGCGAUCCAUAUGUCUCCACCAGAAUAGUGGGGGGCACAGACGCAGCAGAAGGAGCGUGGCCCUGGCAGGCCAGCCUGUUGUACAAUGGACGCCAUAUUUGUGGAGCCUCCCUGAUCUCCAACCAAUGGGUGUUGACCGCUGCACAUUGCUUUGACGUCACCACGUCACCGGCACCAUAUACCAUUAAACUGGGGGCAUACAAGUUGUAUAUAUCCAAUGUUAAUGAGAAUACAGCGAACGUGGACAGUAUAAUCAUUAACCCCCAAUACAGCGGUCCCGGAUCCAGUGGAGACAUCGCUCUGGUGCGGCUAUCAAGACCCAUCACCUACACCAAGUACAUUCUCCCCGUGUGUGUCCCACCAGCUUCCAUGGUCUUCCCCCCAGGCAUGAACUGUUGGAUCACUGGAUGGGGAUCCACACAAUCUGGAGUGGGCUUAUCGUACCCCAGGACCCUUCAGCAGGUGAUUGUUCCACUCAUCAGCAAGGAGUCCUGUGACCAGAUGUACCACGUAGAGUCAGCGGCCCGUGCCUCCGAGCCCGUUAUCCAGAAUGGCCAAAUAUGUGCUGGGUAUCAAGCCGGAGGGAAAGACGCCUGCCAGGGCGACUCUGGCGGGCCUCUCGUGUGUAAGAUGAACGGCUACUGGUAUCAGGUUGGCAUCGUGAGCUGGGGAGAUGACUGCGCCCUCCCGAACCGGCCUGGAGUUUAUACCAACGUUCCCGAUUAUGAGGUGUGGAUCAACAAUUACAGAACGAAUAUGAGCUCCUCGUCCCCCAGCCUCUCGCCCUCGCUGAUGCUUCUUGCGGCCUGUUGCGCCCUGUGUGUCCUUCUCCUGGACAGACAUAUUUCUGUGUUCCACACCUCUCUCUGCUAAUAAUUACCUCAUCGUCUAUGAAGGCCUUGACUGAGCAAUUGCAGAGGUGCAAUAGGAAUUCAGCGCUGAUCCAUAACUGUGAGCGAAACCUGAGGGCCUCGUGCAGGGCCUAUAAGGACAACCAAAGCCAUUUCUUCUUAUCUGCAAGAGACAAGUCAGAGCGGGAUAAUGUAAAUAUUGUAUGCAGAUAUACAUAAGUGUAUGGACUUGUGGCAAUGGACACCAAGAGUAAAUAUAUGAUAUUCUGGAUGCAUAUACUUGAUAUUAGAGAUUUGGAGGUAAGGGC